UAACCCUUUUUGUUUCGUAUUUUAUCCAGCCAAACCAGGUUGCUCAGUUUUACGCCUUCUUGUUCAAAAUACACAAACUAAUUUCUUUCAUAUUAAUUUUAUCCAAGCUAUUUAAAAAGAGGACGUAACUCCUCACUGCUUGCCUCUCCGGUCUCAAAAGUAGUCUGUGUCUCCCCAGCCUCAGCUCCUGGGCCAUCCCGCCGCUCAGCGAAGACGCCGAAGCGCAGAGACGGCCAGCCGCCUAGAGCGGCCACAGCUGGCCGACCGCCCUCUCUUUUCUUUUGCUCUCUAUGGUUAGGAGUGCCGGCCCCGCCUCUGCCCGGAACUAUUUGGGUUCCAGGCGCUUGCGCAAGGCCAGAAGGUAGUUCCGGUUCCGGCGUGGGGCGUUCUCGUUGGUGGUGGUCAGUUGCCGCGGUUGGUGGGGCAGUAACUGAGCCAAGAUGCUGCGGAAUCUUCUGGCUCUCCGUCAGAUUGCUAAGAGGACCAUAAGUACUGCUUCACGCAGGCAGUUUGAAAAUAAGGUUCCAGAGAAACAAAAGCUGUUUCAGGAGGAUAAUGGAAUUCCAGUGCAUCUGAAGGGUGGGAUAGCUGAUGCCCUCCUGUAUAGAGCCACCAUGAUUCUUACAGUUGGUGGAACGGCAUAUGCCAUGUAUGAACUGGCUGUGGCUUCAUUUCCCAAGAAGCAGGAUUGACUUCAGUUUAUCCUGCCAGCAAUCAGUUGGUUCAAUUCCAUUCAGCUCUCUGUGGACCAGUAAUCUGACACAUAACUGAGUUCUUUGGGGAUCAAUAUUUAUUGACUUGUAUUAGCUGCCACCAAUAAAGCAGUCUUUACCAUG